UGGGCCAAUCGGGGCGCGGGUCACGGCGCAGGCGCGCUGGGGAGGGAGGGCUAUGCUAAUGUUGUUGAUAUCCUGGGGCCACCCGAGUUAAAGGGGGGAAAUCCGGGGGCUGCCGCAGCCGCCGCCGGUCUGGGCACAGCGGGGGCCCCCCCCCUGUAGUCGCCGUAGUCCCAGGGAGAGGCGCCUGCCCCCAGCUCGGGGAGGGGGCGCCGCGGGCCCGGGGAGCACGGACAACCCCUACCCAUGAGGCCCUGAUGGAAAACACAAAGGAUCUGAGUCGGAAGAGACAUUAGAGGUCACCCAAAGCAGCCGUCCCCUCUGCAGCCUCUCUGACAAGUGAACCUCAUCUUAAGGCUUCUGGCUGCCUUGCAAAUUACAGCAAAACUGUCUUGAACCGAACAUUCUUCACGCUCUGAAAGGAAAAGGAGAGACUCAUUCGGGAUGUUUGACGGUUAUGAUAGCUGCAGUGAGGACACGAGUAGCAGUUCCAGCUCUGAGGAGAGUGAAGAAGAAGUUGCUCCUUUACCUUCGAACCUCCCAAUUAUCAAAAACAAUGGACAAGUGUACACGUACCCAGAUGGUAAAUCUGGCAUGGCUACCUGCGAAAUGUGUGGGAUGGUUGGUGUGCGAGAUGCUUUUUACUCCAAAACAAAGCGUUUCUGUAGCGUUUCAUGUUCGCGAAGCUAUUCGUCAAACUCCAAGAAGGCAAGCAUUUUGGCCAGACUUCAGGUAACGGGUAAGCCUCCAACAAAGAAAGCAAAAGUUCUUCAGAAACAACCUUUAGUUGCUAAACUAGCCGCAUAUGCUCAGUAUCAAGCUACCUUGCAAAAUCAAGCAAAGACUAAAGCAGCAGUAUCCAUGGAGGGCUUCAGCUGGGGUAACUACAUCAAUAGCAAUAGCUUUAUAGCAGCUCCAGUUACCUGCUUUAAACAUGCACCUAUGGGGACCUGCUGGGGUGAUAUCUCAGAAAAUGUGAGAGUAGAAGUUCCCAAUACAGACUGCAGCCUACCUACCAAAGUCUUCUGGAUUGCUGGAAUUGUAAAAUUAGCAGGUUACAAUGCCCUUUUAAGAUAUGAAGGAUUUGAAAAUGACCCUGGGCUGGACUUCUGGUGCAAUGUCUGUGGCUCUGACAUCCAUCCAGUUGGCUGGUGUGCAGCCAGUGGAAAGCCUCUUGUCCCUCCUAGAACUAUUCAGCAUAAGUAUACAAACUGGAAAGCUUUUCUAGUGAAACGACUUACUGGUGCCAAAACACUUCCUCCUGAUUUCUCACAGAAGGUUUCAGAGAGUAUGCAGUAUCCUUUCAAACCUUGCAUGAGAGUAGAAGUGGUUGACAAGAGGCAUUUGUGUCGCACGCGAGUGGCAGUGGUGGAAAGUGUAAUUGGAGGAAGAUUAAGACUAGUGUAUGAAGAGAGUGAAGAUAGAACAGAUGACUUCUGGUGCCAUAUGCACAGCCCGUUAAUCCAUCAUAUCGGUUGGUCUCGAAGCAUAGGCCAUCGAUUCAAAAGAUCUGAUAUUACAAAGAAACAGGAUGGACAUUUUGAUACACCACCACAUUUAUUUGCUAAGGUAAAAGAAGUAGACCAGAGUGGGGAAUGGUUCAAGGAAGGAAUGAAAUUGGAAGCUAUAGACCCGUUAAAUCUUUCCACAAUAUGUGUCGCGACUAUUAGAAAGGUGCUGGCUGAUGGAUUCCUGAUGAUUGGGAUCGAUGGCUCAGAAGCAGCAGAUGGAUCUGACUGGUUCUGUUAUCAUGCAACCUCCCCUUCUAUUUUCCCUGUUGGUUUCUGUGAAAUUAACAUGAUUGAACUUACUCCACCUAGAGGUUACACAAAACUUCCUUUUAAAUGGUUUGACUACCUCAGGGAAACUGGCUCCAUUGCAGCACCAGUAAAACUAUUUAAUAAGGAUGUUCCAAAUCACGGAUUUCGUGUAGGAAUGAAAUUAGAGGCAGUAGAUCUCAUGGAGCCACGGUUAAUAUGUGUAGCCACAGUAACUCGAAUUAUUCAUCGUCUCUUGAGGAUACACUUCGACGGAUGGGAAGAAGAGUACGAUCAGUGGGUAGACUGUGAGUCCCCUGACCUCUAUCCUGUAGGGUGGUGUCAGUUAACUGGAUAUCAGCUACAGCCUCCGGCUUCACAGUCGUCAAGAGAAAGCCAAUCAGGUUCUUCAAAACAGAAGAAAAAGGCUAAGUCCCAGCAAUACAAAGGACAUAAGAAAAAGAGGAAGAUGCCAGUUGGGAAGAAGCCUGUCAGUUUGUCGAGCCUGCCCAUGACAGGUGGGGUGCGGAGGAGCUUCUCUGGUGACGAAGAGUUGACUCCUCCUCCAUAUCGAACCCUUCCAGCACAGACAGCCCCAGAGGCCUUCCCACCUCCCAGCACUAGCCGAGAGUUCAGUCCCAGCCUCAAAACAGUCCUUGGGAGUCACUUCACUGAAGUUGAAUCAUCAGGGAGGGAUUUUUAUUUUCUUUUAAACCACUUCUUGAGCCUCACAUUAAGUGACUACAUUGCAGCUGAAGGAGGAGUUGAUAGACGGAGAGGAUUAUAAUUUCCUCCAAGGAGCAUCUGAUCAGGAAAGCAAUGGCUCUGCCAACUUCUACAUCAAACAAGAGCCCUGAGAGGGCUCCAAAACUGAGGGCGGGAGGGGAAGAAUUUUACACAGGACUGAUUUGUAAUCCCUCGAGCUGUACAGCGGGGCUAUUCUACUGGGACAUUUUGCUAAACAUAGAAAAUUUCAGUUCCAGAUUUUUCAGGUGGGUGGGGAAACUAUUUUAGUCGUGGGGGGAAAUUUUUCAAUUUAUAAAGAUGGACAAUUUUUGUGUUGUAUUUGAAGCUUUUGAAAGAAUUUUGUAAUAUUUUCCAAGUUUGGAUUUAUGUGCAUUGUUAACAACUGAAAUUCUAACUUUUUGGUAAGAUUAAAGUUUAGGUAACAGGAUUGAAGGAAAUGAUUUAAGAAGGAUAUAGUUGUAAAUGCAAAUGAACUGUCAUUACAAAUGAACCUUUUUUGGUACCUGUUGGGAGAUUUGGGGGAUUUUAGAAGUUAGGCCAGUCACAUCUCCAGCUUCCUUUGCUGCAGAAAUAUGCAACUGAGCCCCCCUCUCGUGGAGGGUUCAUCACCACAUAGAUCAUGGAAGGGGAAUUAAAUCCGCUUGGUGGCAUUUUGUUGUAGCCCAUUUUAAAUGUUUGUACAGAAAUGUUUUUCAUUCUGUGAAAAUGUAUUUGGAGUUCUAUAUGAAACUGGAAGAACUCUAAUACUUUUAUAUGUUCUCUUUUAAUUAAAAAAUGAUUAAAAUUAUCCUAACACUAAAGUGUUAAACUGGAAUGGUUGACCAGAUGAACAGGAUCUCAGUGUACACGUUGAGGGGUUGGGGAAAGUAUAAUAUUGUCCUUCGUUUGUUUUCUUUUCCUUACUAAAAGACACCCCACAAGAGGGAUUCUGAUCAGUUCUCUGCCAUUUCCCUCCAUCUGUUAGAUAAUACUUAAUAUAACCACACCCCAAAACAGAUGUUCUUCUGUAUAACCAGUAGAAUCAAAUCAAAAGUUGUUUAAAGCCAAAAAUCAGUUUAGAAUUCAAAAUCAUUCCAGCUCUGCUUUUAACUAUCCUGGAUUUGUUUAAAAAAAAAAAAAAAAAAAAAAAACUAGAGAAUUUAAUUUUCUUAAAAUUCCAUAUAUAUAGGUAUAUAUAUAUGGUAUGAAUCGUCUUUUAAUUGUAUUCAAAAUUAAUUUUAACAGUAAUAACUGAUUUGGACCAUUUCAAACAUUCCCUACUUUAAAAUUCACAUGGCUUCCUUUAAAAAACAAAAGGAUACAAGGGUAAAUUGGUGAAAGGUUUGCUCUCUGCGUUUUUCUAACUUUCUGAGUUGUGACUGAAUGAGAGAGCUCUAGCGUUUACCAGUGAGGUUCAUAAACUAAACUCUCAGGAAUUAAUUGCAUCUGUUCUAGAAGUGCUUCUGGGUCUUAGCCUGGCCUCUUCAGAGUGGUAACAUUGACCAUCUCCUCUGGAAUAUAGGUAGGGCUAAUUAGAAAUUAAUCAAAAUGAUUAACCUCUAAAGUCCUUCAGCCUAUGGAAUGCUUUAAAAAAAAAUGGUAAUGGAAAGCCCCAGGAGACCAUUUUAGGUAAGAUUUUUGUUUGAAUUUUAAAGUGCAUAGAACAUUAAAAACCAGCAAUUUAUUUUCUAAAAUAUUGCUCUACUUUUGGGAAUAAUAGCAUUGGUAAUACGCACAGGUUUACCUCAUUCUAUGCAAGAGGGGUUAAUAACAUAAGGUUUUGUAGUUGCUACUGGAAGUAAAAUUUGUUACUUUAUAGUAUAAGAAUGUAUGGAAUCGCAUGUCAACAUUUCUUAAUACUGACUCUUUAGGGGUAUAAAUGCAGAUCAUAUCAACGCCAAGUUGAUUCUCAUGUGUCAAAUAUAUGUGAAUUCAGCUGUUAAAUUACUGGAUAUUUAUCUUAAACAACCUUACUGAGAGGGACCUACUGUAAAUGUGACAUCCUCACACUUCCCAAAUCUUUAACUUUUAAGAAUCUUCCCAUAAACAUAAAGCCUAGAAGAAGACUUCCGCAGCAGGGCUUAACCACGGUCUUCAUUCUCAGGCUCUGGUUCCGUGACAGGAGCUUCAGGGCGUGCUUGGCCAUACCUGGGGCUUAGGGGCCCUGUGGGGAACUGGGUAAAACCAGGAGGGAUUUGAUUUGGAGCCUGGUAAUUAGUUCUGUGUGCAAUGUUCAUUUGUAGCCAGGUCUUAGAAGCUUCCAGUCAUAUAGCAAAACCAGGCUCUGAGUGUCUUUGAAUGUCCCACCUGUUGGUGAAAUGUUUCUUGUCUUGAUCCCAUGACCAACAGUUAAAGGUUGGCAAGGACUUCCUGUGGUCUCAACACAGUCUGAAGCCCUCCUUGUUGUUCAGGCUCUAACUCCUGCUGCUGAUAAACAGAAAACAAGUUAGUGCAGAGGAGAGUGAUGUCUUAGCCAUAAUUCCAGUCGUAUGACCCAAUAGCCCCAUUCUCUUUUACGGUUCAAAACAUACUGCUGACCUUGGGUUUAUUUUCAUUUUUCUCCUCUUAGAAUUAUUUGGGGAUUUUUGGUAGUUUAAACUCUUUAACCUUUUCCUUGCUGUGUAUGAGGAAAGCUAAAGCUGUUAUCAACUUCUUAUUCUACGGAUACUAACACGGGUUUUCAGUGUUUGUUUGUUUUUAUUAUAUUAAUUUUGCGUGAUGUGAAUACCCUCUCCCAUCAAUACUUGUAUUAUGGUGCUAUAUAUUUGGUAAUGAUCCUUUACUAUUGGGAAGGGAUUUUAAAAAUACUGUGAUGAAACUGGGUUGCUUCCUUUAAUUUUCAUAUUUUAAAUAAAGCCACAGUCAUUUAUACAAAAGAAAAGCAUCUGUCCCUGGGCAAAUCUUUUGAGGACAGAGGUCAAAGUAAACUGCAUAAGGUUUUUACAUCAUUUCUGUAUGUAUUUGAUAUAUAGAUCAAUAUCUGUACAAAUUUAAUCUUUUAUUUUCUUGGUAACUUGUGAUCACUGAGGAAGUAUUUGAGACUUUCUCAUGAAGUGUAUAUAAUGGCGUGAAAAAUUCCUUCAGAGAAACUUAUGUUCCUUUCAUUUUUACCAAACUGCAAAUUUUCAGCAUGGAUGUGAAAAGCAUUAAAAUUAUAACUUUGUGUACAAGAUGAAAAUAAUUCACUAAAUUGCCCUUUUUUACACAAAAUAAAACGUUAAAGUUAAA